AACACGAAAGGCGCACACUGGUUAGAUCUAUAGUGAGACGCCCCGCCAUCUCUCACACUGUAUAUCCUCCAAUGGAAAGGAGAGUCCAAUGAAUUGAAAAUCCAAAUUCUCUCUCACUGCUUUUACUCUGAGAAACCUAGAAGCGUUUAAUUCUACAAUUUAUUUCAAUUUUUUCCUUGGCUUGAUCUUAAUCUAGGGUUUUACAGUCUCUUACCUGUUCGUUUUGAUGAUGUAAUUGACCAUUUAAUCAAUGGCGUCCUUCCGUCGAACUUUGUCGCCGGCGUACCAAGACCGUUCGUAUAAGAUCGGCGGCGCAGGGUCUCCACUAUCAGUCCAUUCGCCGUCGAACAAGGUUUUUGCCAACGGUAGACACACAUCGUCGCCCGUGCCGUCUUUUCUUAGUUACGUCGUAUCUCUCCGCCGAUUCCUUGCUUUGGUUUUCGUACAAAGAUCUCAUGGCAGCCGGAAAGGAUGGAGACGAUCCUCCUUCAGAUGCCUCCUCUUCUUUGCCUUGGGAUUCCUUUUAGGCGUGGCGCCGUUCGGACGCGUCAGCAAAGAUGACAUUCGAGGUCACGAUUUCUCCUUUGACGUGGUUAAGCCGUCACAUGUAAAUGUCCAGUUGGCAGAUGAAGAUCUGAAAAAACGCGGUCAUGAUUUCGCAGUACUGGAUGGUGUGAGCUUGGGGGUUGAUCAUUUAUAUGCUCCUUUAAAUCACAUGGAGUCGAAGUUAGAUUUCGUGCCGAGGAAGCUCUUAAUCGUGGUCACACCUACAUAUAAUCGUGCUUUUCAGGCGUACUUUUUGAAUCGGUUGGCGCAAGUAUUGACGUUAGUGCAGCCGCCGGUGCUGUGGAUUGUUGUGGAGGAGAAUACUGCUUCAAUGGAAACAGCAGAUAUAAUCAGAAAGACAGGGGUGAUGUACAGGCAUUUAGUAUCCGUGAAGGAUUUGACGGAUGUGAAGGAUAGAGGCGUGCACCAGAGGAACACUGCAUUGGAGCAUAUUGAGAGGCAUAGGCUUGAUGGAAUAGUGUAUUUUGCAGACGAUGAUAACAUCUAUUCAUUCGAGCUGUUCCAGAACUUGAGGGAGAUCAGCCGUUUUGGCACAUGGCCUGUUGCAAUGCUUGCGCAAAGCAAAAACAAGGCAAUUUUGGAAGGUCCCGUGUGCAAUGGCAGUCAGGUAAUUGGAUGGCACACAAACGAGAAAAGUAAAAGAUUGCGGAGGUUUCAUGUGGAUAUGUCUGGAUUUGCUUUCAAUAGCACUAUCUUGUGGGACAGGAAGAGAUGGCGACGCCCUAUUACUUCUCCAAUUCGACAGCUAGACACAGUUAAAGAGGGUUUUCAAGAGACCACAUUCAUAGAGCAAGUGGUGGAAGAUGAAAGUCAAAUGGAAGGAAAGCCAAUUGGUUGCUCGAGCAUACUGAACUGGCACCUGCAUUUGGACACUCGAAAUCUUGUAUAUCCUAAAGGCUGGAUGCUGUCCAAGAACCUGGAUGUUCGUCUUUCCUUAACGUGAUGGAAUCUGGAACCUGAAAUUUUGAUCCCAGAACACUCAGCCAGGUAGUUGUCAAUUGUCAGUGCAUUAAUCCUAUUUGAAUUUGCUCGACUUGGGAAGUUAAACCUUACUGGUUGGGAAGAUUAGCUUGCCCAUAAAAGCUAACAGAGAAAUAGAUGAACAAAAGUCUAAAUAAUCCUACACUCUCAUCUGUCAAGGAAUCAACAAACAACCAAAUUGAAAGAUCACUGGUGCAGGGCAAUGAGAGCUACUAUUUACGUAGAAGCUUUGUUCUCUCAUGACACUUCUUAAUGCUGGAUUUUUCUCACAUUUUCACAAAUGUUUUGCACGAAAUAUUAUGAUUUUUUCACAGUUCCGUCACUAUUUUAGGUGGGUGGCUCUUUGGCCAUCAUGUAUAAGCAUCGUGGGGUGCAGUGCAUACUCAGCAACAAACGGCGAGAAACAUGAGGAUACCUGUUUUGUUUGUAGAAAUUUUCUAGCAACCAUAUUCUUUUGUAGAUUGUGAGCUCGGGAAGUUUAAUUGUUUGAUUCUUGGAAUUUACAAUACAUGCCACCUCCCAAAUGGAAGGUGUUUUGCUCACCGAUUAUAAUUACAGGAGACCCAUCGUUUGGUUUUGAUACAAA